UCGACAUCCAUUUUCCCUCUAUUUCUACAUCCGGAGUGAAACCACUCGGCGUCAACACAUUGUUUUGCUGAUCGUUAAAGCCAACACUGGAAAAGAUCCAUACAAAUGAUGAGGAAUAUGAGAGGACGUGGAGGUCCAAUGAGGGGUGGAAUGAUGCGACCAAUGUCUCCCAUGGGAGGCCCCUUUAAACCUGGACCCCCGUUUCGGGCAUUCAUUCCUCACAUACCAUUUGAUCUGGUGCAGUGUGAAUCAACAUUUCCAAGAACCAAACCAGCACCCGAUGAGAAGGUUUUUACAGAUUGUCUACUGAAAAGGAACAAUGACCUGACACCCUCUUCCCAAGAGCAGGCCUCGAUCUUAGCCCUGGUCACCAAGAUACAAGGUGUGAUGGAUAGUUUGGUGCUGGCCCCCACCUCAUUUGAUCCUGCACAAAUCGAGGAGGUGAGACAGGUGGGGUCGUUUAAGAAGGGCACCAUGAUGGCGGGAAACAAUGUGGCUGACAUUGUAGUCAUGCUGAAAACUCUACCUACAAAGGAGGCUGUGGCAGUGCUGGGGAAUAAGAUUGUGGAGGAUCUCCGAACACAGGACCCUGACGAAGUGUUGACCAUGCUGACAAAUGACACAGGAUUUGAAAUAAGUUCAUCAGAUGCCACAGUGAAAUGUCUGAUCACAACUAUUCCCCCAAAUCUGAAGAAACUGGACCCAGAAUUACACUUGGACGGGAAGGUCAUGCAGAGCCACCUGGCAGGAAUCCGUCAUGCUCGCUGGUUUGAAGAAAAUGCAUUCCAUUCAAGUAUUAAAGUGCUGAUAAGAUUAAUGAGAGAUCUGAAGAAUAGAUUUAAAGGAUUUGAACCCCUAACAUCAUGGAUUAUUGAUCUGUUGUCUCACUAUGCCAUCAUGAAUAACCCCACAAGACAGCCCCUCCCUAUCAAUGUAGCCUUCAAGAGAUGUCUACAGUUGUUGGCAGCGGGAUUUUUCCUCCCAGGAUCAGUCGGGAUCACAGAUCCUUGUGAACAAGGAACGGUACGAGUCCACACCGUGAUGACCCUUGAACAGCAGGAUAUGGUGUGCUUCACAGCUCAGACAUUACUCCGAGUACUGACCCAUGGAGGAUUUAAACAGAUCCUAGGCAUGGAGGGAAACUCUAGUAUAGCGACAGAGAUGAGCGUGUGGGAGGGGGUGGUUGUGACACCGUCAGACAAAGCCUACGAGAAACCGGAAAAACGGGAAGGGGAGGAAGAAGAUGAAGAUGGCGAUAUGGAAACACAAUGAUCACCAUGGCAACACCAACAACUACAUGAUGUCCCUACUGCAAGAAAUUUGUGUGGCAAUUACAGAAUUGCAGCUGACAUUUUAUGGACAAAAGUGGCUACAGCAAAUGGAACCUAAGUGUGGUAUACAUUGUUCUGUUGAAACUGAGAAUUGGAAAGGAAAGAACCAAAGGAAUAUACAAAUGUACAUGUAUGUUAGAGAGAGAGAGAGAGAGAAAGAGAGGGGAGAGAGAGACUUGAUAAAAUGCCAUAUUUGUAUGUUUUACUUUGUUUUCAUCCCAUUGUGACUGUAUUGUUUAGUUGUAUGUUGUUGAAAUUUCCAUGUCAGAACAAAUUGAAAAUUAAUUCCUUAAGUUUAAUUAUUAAAAAAAUGGAAUUUUAUUUAUUUUACUUAUAUAACAGGCAUGCAUUUGCAAGUUCUUGCAAGUUAAAAAGGCAGCAGAUAUAUAAUUAGAAAUCCUGAUGAAAUUUAAAAAAAAUACAAUGUUUAGUUAUGAAAAUUGUAUGUGACUUUAAGUUAAAUAUUUUAUAAUUUUGAUGGUAAGUAUAAAGCAAGAAUAAUGUUUCUGAUGUUAACAAAGAAAAAUUUAAAGGAUAAAAUGUACAUGUAUAUAUUAAUGUCA